UAUCGUCUCCUAGAAAUAUUCGUCUCCCCAUUUCAAUAUGAAAUUUCCAUUCACCCCUCCUACUGGUUCUCUUUCUCUUCAAUAUAUAUUCAUAUUCCAGAUUCAAUAUUCUCUCGAUUUCACUUGAAACUACGAUAACGGUACAGAUUAAUCUUGGCUAUGAGGGAGAAUUGACUGAUCUACAACUAUUCCGGAAACGUUCGUCCUGGACCUAGACCAUCAUAUUCGACCGGAAAUUCUUGUUUGUGUCCAACAAAACAUUUGCUUGCAAUAUUUUACAUAUAUUUCCCGAGAACCUACUUCCGUACAUAUCCUUUCCGCCGUGAUAGAUAUUUGAUGUAUAUAAUGUACUCACGAUCUACCCGUCGUUCCAAACUAAAUAUUUCUCGAGAGUCAUAUCUUCAAGAAGACCAAACCACAUCGUUUGAGGAUCCGAAAUUUAUGAUGCAGAGUCAACAAUAUCCACCCACUUUUACUCCAAAUUCAAAAGCAGCUUCUAUGCUUUAUUCAAUGCUUCCACAUAUCGUGCAAUCACGUUUACCUCGCAUACCAUCCAUUCGAAAGUCUGUUGACAUAUAUGGAUUUGUGAGUGGCCGAAAAUCUGAAAGCACAUUAUCAGGAGCCAGUACACCAGGAUUCCUAUCGUCAUCGUCUACAAUGACCCUCGUCAAUGAAAGAAGCUCUAUAUCUAGUGAUGGAGAAACGGAUAGCUAUUUCUUGGACGAUUCGCACUCUUCCGAUGAGGAUUUCCCUAAACUCCUUAAAAAUGGGCAACUCCAGACGAUAGGAUUGUCUGAGACAAAGUCAGGCAUUGGAUGGAAAUUUGCAAAUCAAGGAUAUAGUCUACUUGCCCUUUCAUUCGAGGAAUCAUCGGCAAUUUCCCAAAAUACUCGAUUUAGCAGUACUUCCUUAGCGAGACAACUCUAUGUCCACGCCUUAACCUACUUACUCCGAGCUCUUCCCUCCGAUCUUUCGACAGAAGAAAAGAUGAGUCUACAAAGUGCUAUACCAACAAAAAUAGUAGAUUCCUUACAAGAAGAAUCCUACACGAGUGAAAAUAGUCAAGAUUCAACUACUGGCGAACCCCCUUCGUUACUUCAAAGAAGCAUCGCAGCUUUUAUUAUUCAAUUAUUCAUAUUGUUCCAAUUUGUCUUACCAUAUUUGAAACAUAUACUCUCGUCAGCAUAUCAAUACGAUCGAACUCAUAAGAUAUCAGAAAAGGUUCUGUCCAAGGGUAUAGUAACAGUUGAUACGAUCGGAAAAUCGAGCCUGGCAGUUACAGGCGCGGUUUAUGGAAUGAGUGAUGGGAAAGUUGGACAAGCUCUUACGGAUGCAGCGGCGUGGAUUGUUGAGGGAGUCACUGGGGGUGUGCAUGAAGGUGUUAGCGAGGGAUUGAUAAUGUUGGGUGCGAGGAAUGGUACUUCGCCUAGGAAGAAGUAGACUCGAGGUAGAUAGGACGUUCAUGAAGUAAAGUAUAUUUGGCGCGGUUAACUUUUGACGAUGGAUGGAUGAAUGGUGAUACCCAUGAAUAGAACGGAGUUUUUUCGGAUAUGGGAUAAACAUUGGUACUUGGAGUAGGUAGGAUAGAAGGAGUUGUAUCUUUUAAUGCAUUAAUACAAAUCAAUAAACAUGGA